AUGGGUCUGUUGGGGGUUCUGAUCUGUCACAUUCUCAAGACGAAAGGAUAUCGCUGCACUACAGCAGAACCUGAAGAAGAAGAAAAAAUCUCAGCAGAAAAGAUAGAGAUGCAAGAUGAAGCUGCAGACACCACUAAUGACACCGUUGGACACAUUGUAAGCUACAUCAUGAAAAAUGAAGCGAAUGCUGAUGUUCUGAAAGCCAUGGUCGCAGACAACUCGGCGGUAGCAGAUAACAGUGUGUUUGACCCAGAGAUACCUACAACACCAAAUACUCCUGUAAGUCCUACAAGCCCGACUUCACCUCUUGGAACACCUACUAAACACUCUUGUCAUCUUCACACUAUUGGAGGAGUGGCAGACACAGAAACGUAUGCAGCCGAUGCGCCCAGAAACGUUGGAACCCAUUUAAGACACCGCAGAAACAUAAAGAGACCAGGAAGAGCCGGCCUUCUGUCACUGUUCUGUCAGUGGGAAGAUUCAGAGUCACUAAAGUGGAGCCAAAGUCCAAAGAGCGGAAGCGUUUAA